GAGAGCUGCAACUACAACAAAAGCGUAACUCUCGGGAUCUCGUAAAUUUAUAAGAAAUAUAAUUAUUCAACCCGCCCGCGGUCGGCAGCAAUCGAAUUAAAUUAGCCCGGGGUGUGCGACAAACACUUGUGGGUCAUUGCAAAUUGAUAGAUAUCGAGAUUGCCGAAGAAUUGGCCAAAGUCAGCGCGAAAAAGCUCCCACUCCCCGCGCGGUGUGUGUAGUAAAAGUAAAUCGUAAAUCGUGAAUCGCUGUGGUUGUGGUCGAGUGCGUGUGGCGGUGCUACUAUUCUGCAUAUAUUUUAGGGUGGUGCGCGGUCGGCGGUGCAGUGCAUCAACGUUCCUAUGUGGCGGCAUUUUGAUGACGAAAUUAUUUUUGGAUAAGUGCUUGGAGGAGUCAUCAGCAGCGGCGGCAGCAGAAUGGAGAGCGAGCGGUUGCGAAUCACGCUGGACAGCGCGGAUCGGGUUUACUUUGCGGGCGACAUAAUUCGAGGGGAGAUCUGGAUGAACCUAAGCAAGCGCACCAAAAUACGCGCGAUCAAGGUGCAGGUCACCGGCAAAGGCAAGUGCAAGUGGAUGGAGAUCCUGCGCAAGAACUCGAACAACAACGAGUACUCCCGCAGCCUGUUCUACACGAGCAAGGAGGUGUACGAGCACAGCGAAACUCCGCUGCCGGACUUCGAGCCGCGCGGCCUGGAACUCUCGCCCGGCGAGCACACGUUCAUCUUCGAGGUGGCGCUGGGUCGCCAACUCCCGUCGAGCUUCAAGGGCAGCUAUGGCGGCAUCAAGUACAAGAUGCGCGUGCUCAUCCAGCGGCCGUGGACCUUCGAUGAGCGGCACACGAUUCCAUUUACCGUGGUGAAGAACAUGCCGCUGCAGCCAUCGCAGCGCACAAUUCCCAGUUCGCUGGAAAAGCAGGUGACCAAGACGAUCAGUUUGUUUGGCACACGGCCCAUCACCUUGCUGGCCCUUCUGCCCGAGGACUUUGCGGUGCGAGGCGAACCGCUGAGGAUUUGCGCCACUGUGAUCAACAACAGCACGACCGCCGUGGAGAAGCUGCGCUUCAGUGUGCUGCAGUACGUCACCUACUACAGCCAUGUGCCGCUGCGGGUGCAGAAGGUGGAGUGCAUCGCGGUGGCCACCAAGGAGACGGGUUCGGUGCAAAAGAAGACCGAGCGCAGCUUUGCCCACGAGCUUCUGUUGCCCGAAGGAGCUCAGCCCACGGAUGAGCAGAUGAGCGGCGUAAUCACGAUCGUCUACGAGCUGCGUGUGGAGGCUGUGCUGCGGGGAUUCUUCAAGAAUUUGAUCCUAAAUCUUCCCUUCAAGGUGUAUUCGCAGGAUACGUCGAAUAGGCUGAGUUCGCUGCGUCCGCCGCCGCCACCGCGGCCAAAUGACGGGCCACCCGGUCCGGAUGCGGGCUCCGGCAAUCCCUUCGAGCCCGCCCUGCCGGUCUACCCCUCGCUGGACUCCUCCAUUGGCUCGCCCUCGCACUCCUCGCAGUUCAGCGAGUGCAGCUCCAUCAACUCGAUCACCUCGGACUCCUCGGCGGCCACUCUGAGUCCCGCUGUGGGCGGCGGCGGUGGAGCCGGUGGCAUGGAACUGUCCUACACUUCGGGCUCUCAGUCUUCUCAGUACGGCAGUCCCUCGGCCAGGGCCAGCUUGCGCAGCUCCAACGUGCCCUACAUGCCCUACUCGUCGAGUCCGUUGAUGGUGCAGUCAUAUCCGCCACCCCACCUGCCCGCCUAUCCGCUGCCGGAGUCGCCACAGUACUCGCUCCUUGCCCUGACACCACCGCCAACUGGAUUGGCCUCCGCCGCUCCACCCUCGGCCAAUGGAGCAGGAGGUGGAGGAGCACCGGGCUACAGCCAACUGCCAUCCACCUCGGCCUCGGCCUCGUUCCUUCAGCCGCGCCAGGCGCCGGGAGCCCAUGAGCUGCCACCUUCCUAUGAAGAGCUCUUUGGCUUGGCCAACGCCCCUCCCGGAACUCCCAAGUAAGGAGUGAUAGACAGUCCUGAGCAGCCACCCAGUUACGUCCAAGCUUUGCCUAGACAUAGAGCUUCAGGUUUACUUUAUAGUCUUAUAGAGUAUCUUAAUAUCGAAUAUAUCUUAGACCGCCUACGCUUCGAACACAAACCUAUGCAAUUUGUGCACAAAUCAAGCGCACAGUGUGACUACAUAAAUUAGUUCGAUUCGGAUAUAAUCUUUAAUCUAAAAGUUAUAUUCUAAUGAACAUUUUCAUUUACACCUUUUUAUGCACUGAAUUUUUAAGUUAGGUUUGGAUAAGGCAAAUGGUUUCAUAAACUUGGUAGAACAUUCUCAUUCUGAUAUUAAUUGCUUACUAUUUUUUUCGACAAAUUAAAAUAUUAAAAUGGUUAAAAACUAGUAGACAUUUUUUUUUUAGAACUGUUUAUUUUUUUCUAAAGUCAAUAAAAUAUUUUUAUUGUUUAUUUCAUCACAAACAAUUCGGAUUCUAUUUAGUAAACGUUGCACAAAUUACAAUAAUAUUUAUAUAUCUGACAAUAAACAGAUCAACUUUAUUUGCCUUGUCCACUUAAAUUAGAAUUUGAGCUUAUAACCACAUAAUUGUAUCCUUAGCCAGAAAAUGAAGGUCUAUGAAAUAGUUAGCUUGUUGAAGCGAAGUAGAUAGAAUAGCAGGCGAAAUUUAUUUGGAAUUUAGGCAAAAAAGCAAUUUAACUAUGUAUACAAAUUAUAUCCGAACAAAUUCUAAAUUAGUUGAAAAUGAAUAUAUGAAAUUGCAUAAACAAUUAUUUAGGUAAAAACAAAUUUUUUCUUAAUAACUUAUUUUCUACAAUCACAAGAAUUUAAUGUUACCAAGUCUGUUUUCGGUUAAGCUCGAUUAUCAAAUGUAUUUUACCCAGACUUCCAAAUCUUGCGCAUUUCUAAGAAUUGUAUCUUGCGAAUUACUCAAAGACUCAUGAGUAUUUAUCUCACCACACGAUAACUCGAAACAUAUUUCCUGCCCCGCCUAUUUAUCUGACAUCUCUUAUUUAUAUACGUCCACAUCUCCAAAGAAUCUGAUGAAAAUGGUCUAUAGAUCUAGUGUCUCAAUGAAAUUCUAUACCAAAACAGGUCUAACAUUACUAUUUAUUUCUCCCACUGCAUUAUAUGUUUAGCAUUUAAGUACUUAAGCACAAAUCGAAUAUGUUGAAGGAUAGUUUGGUUCUUUGAAGACGAAAGAAUCAUUGAAUCAAUAAGCUUUAGUGCCUCUGUAUGAUGAACAAAUCGAAUGGUUAUCGUUAUCCAAAACAAAUAUAUCGAUAAACAAUUUUUAUACACAUAUUACCGAUAACUCAUCGUUCGGAAGCAAUGUAAAACUUUUAGUUUUAAGCGCACGAAUGUAUAUUAUGUACGAUCAAACGAUUUCGUUAGGGUGCUUUACAAAUCACUAUUUUUGGAUACCAAUUUUUUGUUUUUCUUGAAUUUAGUGCAUGUGGACUAAAUUUCAAUAUGAUUUACAUGAACGAAAAACUUAAUAAAAUGUUAAUAUAAUUA